AUCCAGCGGUGCACCAGCGAAGAGUAUCAAAGCUCCACUGCUCCAUCUUCGGCAACUUUAAUUAAUAGUUAGUUCAUCAAGGCGUUGAAAAAUCUUCGUCAUGGACGCUGGACUUGCCAAGACCAAUGGUGACGUUGGAACGACCACCACCAAGCUGGGACAGUCGCCAAAGCUGAUGGAGGGCGGGAAUUACAUCUUGGAGGGAAUGGCGGCCACGGAGAGCACCUUCCUCAUCUUCUCCAUGCAGGAGGAAGUCGGGGCUCUGGCUCGCGCUCUCAAAAUAUUUGAGGAGGAAGGUGUGAACCUGCGACACAUCGAGUCGCGACCAAGCCAGCGUAAGGCCGACUACGAGUUCGUAGUCGAGUGCGAUGCCCGGAAUGGUCACCUCGCUGCUGCCGUCGACCGCCUCAAGCCCGUGUGCAACUACUUCCAGGUCGUGUCCCGAGCUCACCGCGGCAGCAAAGAAACUGUGCCGUGGUAUCCCCGGCGCAUCAAGGACCUGGACCGUUUCGCCAACCAGAUUCUGUCCUACGGAAACGAGCUCGACGCCGAUCACCCUGGCUUUACCGACAAGGUUUACCGCGAACGCCGUCAAUACUUCGCCGAUAUCGCCUAUAACUACCGAUAUGGAGAAGAAAUCCCGCGUAUCGAUUACACUGCUGAAGAGAUAGCGACCUGGGGCGAAGUCUUCCGGAACCUGACUGUGCUGUACAAAAAGCACGCCUGUGCUGAACACAAUAAAGUCUUCCCGCUGCUCAUAGAGAAUUGUGGCUACAGGGAAGACAACAUUCCGCAACUGCAAGAUGUUUCCGACUUCCUGAAAGACUGCACUGGCUUCACACUCCGCCCUGUCGCCGGCCUCCUGUCAUCCAGGGACUUCCUCGCUGGCCUUGCAUUCCGGGUAUUCCACAGCACGCAAUACAUCCGUCAUCCCUCCAAGCCCAUGUACACCCCCGAGCCCGACGUCUGCCACGAACUCCUCGGCCAUGCGCCGCUCUUCGCCGACCCAAAUUUUGCACAAUUCUCCCAAGAAAUUGGACUUGCAUCGCUCGGAGCCCCUGAUGACUACAUUGAGAAACUCGCCACUUGCUACUGGUUCACCGUGGAGUUUGGAGUGUGCCGCCAGAACGGAGAGCUCAAGGCCUAUGGUGCAGGAUUGUUGUCGUCGUUUGGAGAACUGCAGCACGCCAUGAGCGACGCUCCUAAGUUCCUACCCUUCCAGCCUGAGAAGACUGGCGUCACCAAGUAUCCUAUCACUGAAUUCCAGCCGCUCUAUUACGUAGCUGAAAGCUUCGAAGAUGCUCAGCAGAAAAUGAUUGAGUUUGCAGCGACGAUCCCUCGGCCGUUCUCAGUUCGCUACAACCCGUACACGCAGUCCAUUGAGACGCUCGACUCCAAGUACCAAAUCAAGGAACUGCUCCGAACAAUAGGCAACGACCUCAAGCUCUUCAGUGAAGCUUACUUCAAGAUGGAGUCUGAUCACGGCAUGAUGUAAUCUCGACAACUCCGUUCUAUCAUUCUAAACGUUAAUGUCAUUGUAACCUUUAUAACGCUACGAUAAUUAAUGUGUAAAAUUUUUUUAAGUGACAAAUUAAGAGAGAUAAGAGAGAUGUCCAUCAAUCAGUGUCGUAAUACGUUAGAUAAAUACGGUCAUAUAUUCUAGCUCGCAAGCUCAUAACGAUAAACGAUAUGGAUUAUUAAGCUGCUGUUUAGAAACGAUCGUUGUGGAGAUUUUGCUGUUAUUGUAAGCUAAAUGGUUUAUUUAGGGUUAAGAGCUUUACGAAUUUCCCAGAAUAUUAUUAAGUUUAAAGUUACAUUUCAGGAUAAUUACUACUGUUUCAAAAAUUUAUGUUCAUGUAGAAAAAAUUAGUUAUUAUUUACUUUAAGUAAAUGCUAUUGUAACUCCGAAAAAAUAAAUAGUUGGAAGGAUAUUUUUCAAAUUUUAUCUAAAUUAAAUGAAAUAUAUCCGAAAAUUUAAUGGGGUUCUAUCAUUAAGAUCUAGAGCUUGUAAUUUUUAAUUAUCAAAAUUCUACCCACGCCGAUUAAAAAUAUUGCAGCCUUUGACUCCCGCCAAUAUUCGAGCUGAGGUUGAAAAUUAAAUUUACUAACUUGAUAUUUUAAUUGAAAUUUGUCACAAUCUACAAUUUUCCAGUAGUUAACAAUAUUAACCGAAAAUAUAAAUUCAGUUUGAAAUCCAGAUAGUGAUUAAAUGUUUUGCAUCAGUUCGAAGUAAGCAGCAAACAUCAGAAUAUUUGCCCUUGAAUGUGAAUAAAUUCAAACGUAACAUGCGCACAUUAAUUGUAGGAUGUUGUUGGUAAGACAGAACUGUUAUGGAUAUCUGGAUAUCUAGAGCAAAAUGCCAGCAAAGUUAUUAUAAAAUAAGCAAUAUCAACAGCGAUUUUCUUAUCAUCGCCUAUCAAUAUGUGCUUCUUCCCAUGGUUGAUAGGAAGAACAACCAUUACUGACCAAUAUUUUACUGUUGCGUUGUACAAUUUUCUUACAAUCUGAAAUACAGCAUUCAAUACAGUAAACCAGCCAAACCCUCUCAGUUAAACUUUUAUUGAUGUUUGAGACUGUCUUUUACUAGUAAAUUGUUUUGAAAGUAAUACAGGACAUCACCGUUCAUAACUCAAAACGAUUUCAAAAUUUUUGAUAAGAGUUUUAUGAGAAAUGAAUCUCAAAACUUUACAAAAUUCGGGGUGUCUUGUGUUUCUAUGUAUUUUUAAGUUAACUUGUACUCGGAAUUAUCUACAUACGAGCAUCAAUCGUUUUGAGGGAGAUUACUAAACAUGAGUCAUGGGAUUAACUAUUUCCGUGAUAGGUAAAUUACUUGUAAAUUAAAUCAUUGUUGAAAACACCUGGACGAAAUUUGGAAUUAGGCAAGUUAAAAACUUAGUUGAUUAUCCGAAAAUUUUCAUGUAUACUUCAUAUUACUGUUGAAUGGAAAAAUUUCUUUAUCACAUGUAAUCGUACAUAUUUUUUAGUAUUUCAUGGUACAUGAACCGAUUACAUUCAAUUGGGCAUCUAAUAAAACAAUCACAUCACAUGAAUCGUUCACUUAGGAGUUGACAAAAUUCGUUACCGAACCAAUAAUGUUUCAAGUUAAUGUUCCCUUAAGUUUUUACCAACAUAAAUAACGGAAGAUUUCGUAAAUUACCAUUGCUUAGGGAAGUAAUCAAGUUUAGUAUCAAAACUCCAUAAAGAUGUGAGCGUUACAAGGUGCUGUAGAUUUGAAAGCAAUGUUAGAGUUUCAAGUUUUUUCACUCAGAAAUUGCAUAUUAAAGCAUGCAACUUCGCUCGGUGCCUGAAUUUUCAUUCCAAAAUUUGAGUGAUGGAGCUGUGGUCAAUUGCAAACUUUCGUUUGCAAUUAUCAAUGCAACUGUUACUUUGAUUAAAUUAUUCAAGGCAAAUUUUAUGAUAUUGGGCACAUUGUAAAAGUAACAAUUUAAUUUUGUUCAACGUUCCUCAAAAGCUCUUCGUCGUAUUGCUGAAUCAAUAUCACCAAUUCAUUAUUUUUUCCGGUAAUUUUAUCUGCUCUAGAACCAAGUUUUGUUCGUAAAAAAAUUAUUUCAGUAAUAAAAUUAGGUACAUGUGCCAUGGACUGCAAAGACAAUAAUUUUGUAUUUUUAUUGUUCAACUUUAUAACUUGCAUCUAUCGUUCUCAAUUAUUUGUGUACUUGUUGGACGUCGAACUAAAUAAAAUCCUGGAAAUUUGGUCUCCUUUUAUGCAAACUAAAGCAAUUAAUAUAUUCUGUCGAAUAAGAUAAUUGUGUAAAAUUUCUUAUAUAGCUCUGUGUAAGUUUCUUUCCAACAUCCUAGUCUGAGUAGUACCUCAUUCAAUGCUACCGUUCGUAUUCCGUUCAGCAAUGUCAUAGAAAUAGAACAGUGAUUCAUCAGAAUUUUCAUCGUGUAGCUGUUCUAAGUGAAUCAACUGUACGAACAUGAUUCAUAUUAUUUGUUAUACUGACAAGUGUACAUGUCGCCCAAAGAAAAAGGGGAGAAUUUUAGCAAUGUUUCGUUUCUAGGCCCCCUAGGCACAUGGAAAGAUAAAAUUGAGUAAACAGUGCCAAGUUUU